AAACAAAAGUUGAAAGAACUACCAAAAGAAAAGUUGUGACAAGAUGGAGUCCCAACGAGCGGCCAGUGUGGGGGAGGGAUACAUUGAACUCGAGGCUGUGAGGCGGAGAACAGACGACAAAAUCCCGUUUUAUAAGUCGGAAGUGAUGACCAUCAAACAUUCAUAUCCGUUCCGUUUCCUGGUACCUGAGCACGCCACACCUGGCCCCUGUAAGUGGAUCUAUCCCAUGACCUACGGGGGAGGGCUGGUGGGAGGGGACAAGAUCACGGCCACCAUCAAGGUUGGGGCGGGGUGUGCGGCGGUGGUCUGCAGCCAGGAGUCAACCAAGGUGUACCACUGCAACAUGAGCCACGAGACGGUCCAGAACUUCAACUACAGCCUGGGUGAGUCAGCUCUGCUGUGUGUCUUACCUGACCCAACCGUCUGCUACAGGGAUGCCAACUUCUGCCAGAAACAGGUGAUCCACAUGACAUCCACAUCUAGCCUGGUUUUCUUGGACUGGAUGUUGGGUGGGAGACAGGCCCUGGAGGAAUUCUGGUGCUUCAAAAGGUUUAACAACUGCACUGAAAUCUAUGUGGGGGAGGAGUUGAUAGUCAGAGAUAGCACUGACCUUGAAGACACACCUAUCAAAACAGUUGCUCAGGCCAUGGAGAAUUUCCAGGUGUAUGGCACAUGUAUUAUUUUGGGUGAAGGACUGAGUUUCCUGGUUGAAAGUUUAAUUAACAUUUAUGGAAGAAAACGAGACUUAGGUGAACAAAUAAACCGUGACUGUGUUGUGAGCAUUAGUGAAACUAAAUACACUGUGUCAGGGGAGACAAUCGAAGGUUGUUACCUCAGGUUCCUUGCUACUGACAUGAAACAUGCUUCUAGAGUAAUCCAUGACAUAUCCAAUCCACUGCAACAUCUACUGGGAGGUGAUCCUUUUGAGAGAAAGUUGUGAACUGUCUGUAGCCUACAUAAAAUAUCUGACAAGUCUGGACUAUCUAGUGACAUAUUGAACAAUGGAUCAAUAUUUUGUGUUCCAAAUUGAAGCGAAGUGUUGAGUUUAAUAAUGUCAAUAAAAGGAAAGAAUUUGUAGUCAGAAUCUGAACAUUCAAAUUUCUAGUCAAGUAGGCAGAUAGGUGCCUUGAACCAAGAUUUUGCGUCAAAUUAUAGUAGAGUAUUGUGUUGUUUAUAAGAUUUUGGUUGGAUAAAUGUAAAUAAAAAAACUUUUAGAGUUUUUUAAAGCAAUGAAUGGUAUUUGAUAACUUAUUUUUUAGAAUGUAAAAUACAAAUUAGACUGCUUAAUUUAUUUUGUUUGUAUAAUAAUCAUUUGUUUAUACUGCUCUCCACACUGUUCCUUAUCUUUUCAUUCCAUGUUUUUUACUUUAAACAUCCGCUCACAAUUUAAUUAAUUUAAAAAGAUAUGGAAAGCAUUUUGUUUUUGUUUUCUAAGUUAAAUGACAUUUCUUUGUUAAUGUACACACCCAUAAAACUUUGUACAGAAUCUGCAUCAACUGGACUUUAUAUUUAUCAUUAAUGAUUCUUUUCUAUUGUAACCAACCUUUUUUUU